AUGGACGAGAUAGACGCGUUGCUGGGACUUGAAGCCAAUGAGGUUGUUCCGCCACUUGCAGAUCCGCCACUUGCAGACUCAUUUGAGUGGAUGCUGUCUAACAAUGAUCCUCUGGCAAUUGAUGUGAAUACUUCUGGCCCGAGAGAACAAAGCCUCGCUGUAACUCAGCAUACCGAAUUGCCAACACCACCUGCGUCAGAACCGAAGCUACCGGAGCUACCAGAGCUGUCCGACGUAUUGCAAUUAGUCGAUCUGUUCUUUGAGAAAUUCCACCGCUAUUUUCCCAUCUUCCAUAAGCAAUCCAUAGUGUCCGCCAUCAAGUCCCAUGGGAUAGAGGGCAUACCGCCGGUUUUGCUUUAUUCUAUUAUCGCUGUUGCUGCUGGUGCCCAUCCCAACCGCCGGUUCCGGCAAGCACAGGAAAUCUGGUACGAAGAAGCAAAAUGUCUAGUUUCGAGAGAGAUUCGACUACCGGACCAUGUGCUUCAGACAUUGCAAGCCGCCGUCUUAGUGGUCUACCUUGGAUUAGCAUUCGUCGAUUAUUCAUCUUCUUUCGUGAUGCUCGGUGAAGCUUGGAGGAAGACUGUUGCUAUUGGCUUUGCUGACGGUCUGCGAAACAUGAUUGUGAAAACACUCGGAACCCAAGAAAAAGCGUCGUGGAUAGAGCAGGAAGAGAUUAUAAGGCUCUCAUGGAUGCUUUUCAUUAUGGAUCGGGGAAUGUGCUUCCCGAUUGGAAUAAUGCACGCAAUUGAUGAUCGGAGGAUGAAGAUUGAGUUUCCAAUGUCGGAACAUGAUUUCCAGACUACCGAAGUGCCCGCAUCCCGUUGCCCGAAAAAUCGAUUUACCUAUAACAUGGACAACUUGAUUGCAGCCAUGCGAGAGAAGAGCUUACAAGGCACGGCAACCCAGCUACAGUAUCUUAUCCUGGGAUACGCACUCUUAGGGCGCAUAAGCGAAGGGCUCGACUGUGCAGAAGACGACGAGGGCGAACGUAAGGAGCGAAUAGAAGUUCUUUGUGAACAGCUUGUUAGGGUUCGAUUGAUGCUUCCCCGCUCCGCCACAGAGCUCUCAAUGGCCAACUAUGAUGAAUUCAUAGAGGUAAUUUGGCUCAAUGUCAUCUUGAAUGCAUGUACAAUUCUCUUGCAUCACCGACCUCUCCGCGAAGGAGAAUCCCUAGACGAUGUGGGAACAGAGAUGGCUAAAAACUGGCCGCUUUGUGUUGCAGCUGCAAGAAACACAAUAUCCGUCCUUCGAGAUGCCUCUCGAGUAUCUGUCGACUUUGUGAGCAACGCACAUUUUCCGUGUCUGCUGUUCACCAGCUGCAGGAUACUUAUAAUAGAAUACUUCUGCCCCUCAAGAAGUGGCAACGAAACAAAAACAGCAGAUGGCGCUAGUUUGCCUCCGGCUCGUGAUCCAAAGCUACGCGAGGAUCUGGAUGUUAUUGCUAUGACAUUUUUUAGAAUGAAAGAAGAGUGGCAAGGGCUGGGGCAGAAAUUCAGUAAGGGAAUGUACUUUUACCUGCACCAAGGUGAAGAUUUCGCGCGCAAGUCAAAGGCCGGUGGCGCGCGGAGCCUGCUCGGAGUAUGCGACACUUGGACCAUAAUUCCGGAUGACUAUGAGCUUACUAUUCCAACUUGAAUAGAAAUGAAUAUGGUUUGUUAAUAACAAAUAUUUGGG